GAAUGACCUCUUAGCUAAUCUUUUAAUAAAGAAAAAAAAACGUUUUUUGUUUUUUUUCUGUCUGAAAGGUUGAUCUCAUCCAAAUCGUGGACUCUACAGUUAUGAGGACCGAUGUUUGCAUCUGGCAGCUGCUUCUAAUCAGCCACACAGUUCUGGCAGUGGAACCGGUGGCCCAAGGCGUGGAGCAGAUCCCUGAAGAUAUGAACUGGUCCUACUCAGGUAGCCUGAACCAGCAGAUCUGGGGGAAGAGUUACCCGUCCUGUAAUGGUGCCCGGCAGUCUCCCGUGGACAUCAAUGAGAUGUUUACCCAAGUCAGGAUGCAGUUCCAGAACCUACAGCUAGAGGGCUGGCACAUACCGACAUCAGAGUCUACAACCAUCCAGAACAACGGGAAGACGGUGUCCAUCAAUAUAAAUGAAGACUUCUAUGUAACUGGAGGAGGCCUGAGCUCCAGCUUUCUUGUAUCGAGGCUUAGCUUCCAUUGGGGUCGCUGCAAUGCAUCAUCAGCUGGGUCUGAACACAGCCUCAACGGGAUGAAAUAUCCUCUGGAAAUGCAGAUCUACUGCUACAAUCCCAAUGAGUUUCAAAGUUUAGAUGAUGCAAUUGAGAAAGGAGGAAGAGUUGCUGCCUUGGCUGUUCUCUUUGAGGUAAGCCAGGAGGACAAUGAGAACUUCAGUCCUAUUGUAGAAGCCAUCAGUGGUGUGAGCAGAUUUGGUAAAAGUGGAUCAGUGGGGGCAUUCACCCUGAGGUCCCUGCUGCCCAACAUCACUGAUAAGUUCUACAUCUAUAACGGCUCGCUGACCACUCCUCCCUGCUCUGAAUCUGUGGAAUGGAUCGUCUUUAAACACAUCGUGGCCAUAUCAGAUGCUCAGCUGGAGGUUUUUUGUGAUGUGAUGACCAUGGAGCAGGCCGGAUACGUGGUGCUCACCGAUUACCUGCAGAACAACUUCAGGGAGCAGCAGCAGUUUAUGGGUCAGGUCUUUGCCUCCUACACAGGAGAGGAGGAUGUUCCCACACCCACGUGCAGCUCAGAGCCACAAAACGUCCAGGCCGACGCUCAGAACGACACCACCAUCGUGGUGACGUGGGAGCGUCCCCGUGCGGUUUUCGACACCACCAUCGACUGGUAUGCCGUCACCUACGAGAGGCUGCAGGGCAGAGAUCAGAUCAAACAGGAGUACAGGACAGAUGGAGACCAAGAUGUGGGGGCCAUUAUCUCCAGCCUGCUGGCUAACAGCAGCUACGUGGUUCAGGUGGUGGCUAUCUGCACCAAUGGCCUCAAAGGACGAUGGAGCGAUCAGAUUAUAGUCGACAUGCCGUUAGAAGACCCUGAGAGCGAUCAGCCCCCUGACACUGUAGCAAAGGAAGCUGAAAGUCACAGGGAGGCUUUAGAUGUAGCUAUAUUGAAGAAGCCAGAGACCCAGAAUAACCUGGAUUUGGCUUCUGAAGAUGAUAGUCCAGUGGAGGAAAUCCCAGCUGAUCAGACAAGAGUUUACCAGAUCCAACCUACCCAACACCAAAGACAGCCCACGGAUCAAACAGAAGCAAACCAGCACUUUCCAGUCCAGACUGGUGAACAAUUAACCCCAAAGACCCCAUCUGGAUCUGAGGAUUUACAAAAGGCUGAACCGGAUGAGAAAGUAGGAGAGAGAACCAAGAGUCCAAACAGGAUGACCCCUCCAGGUCGCAGUCAGAACUGGAUAGAGGAUGAUCAGCUGAUCCCGGCAAACCCGUCUUUUACAAGUCCAAACUUUGACAGUACCAGUGCGAUUUGGGUUAACAGGAUAACCGAGGAGCCAGGACUUCUGUUUCCGGUUGCUCGGACAACGAUGGCACCACCGAAUCGUCGGCAUAUGACAGAAGAGGCGUCAUUGUCGGUUCCACCUCAGCCAACAGAUCAAGACGCGUCAGAAAAAGAAGGUGAAAAUACCCCCUCUAAGUUUGACCUGUCCACCCCUCCAAUGAGGGACACCCAGGUCACAGAUAUCUUCUAUGAAGACACAGUCACCAGCUCUCCACUGGAAAUCACCAACUUCCCUCCUACAGUAUCUGUUCCCGUGGUGCCCGGUACUGAAGUGCACAGAGACUCCCGAAUAAACCCUGAAGAUCGAGGAUCUGGUGUAAACAAACCUCUUCAAAAACCCAUCAGCUCAUUUUCAGCCACCUCCAACUCGGAAUGGAUAACGGAGAAUGUAGCGACAGCAGGAAACACCCUGUCCGACUCACUCUAUAAAUCUUUCACCACCUCGUCUUUGCUCAGAGGGCUGAUGCACACCACUCAGCCCCUGUUCAAUGAGGGCAGCAACAGCAGCCAUGAGUCCCGGAUCGGGUUGGUCGAAGGUGUGGAGAAGGACAAAAGGACGGUGGUCCCUCUGGCUGUUGUCUCCACUCUCACCGCUCUUUGUCUGCUGGUACUAGUGGGUAUACUCAUCUACUGGAGAAACUGUUUCCAGACUGCUAACUUCUACCCGGAUGACCCCGCAUCACCUAAAGUCCUCUCUGUUCCCUCCACGCCCCUGCUGCUUGCCGCAGAUUGCCACGAGCCGCUGACUAUAAAGCAGUUUGUCAAGCAUGUCCUGGAGCUCCACAGCACCAACACCUUCUCCAAGGAGUUUGAGAUUGUGAAAGAGUCGUAUGAGGAGGUGCAGGCGUGUACAGUCGACAUGGGCAUCACUGCGGACAGCUCAAAUCACCCCGACAACAAAAGCAAGAACCGCUACAUUAACAUACUGGCCUACGACCACAGCAGAGUGAAGCUCUCCAACAGUUUGGAUAAAGAUGGAAAGUGUGGGGAUUACAUUAACGCUAACUACGUUGACGGUUAUGAGCGAACGAGGGCAUACAUCGCAGCUCAGGGCCCUCUGAAAGCAAGCAGAGAGGAUUUCUGGAGGAUGAUCUGGCAGCAGAAUGUUGGCGUUAUUGUCAUGAUCACCAAUCUGAAGGAGAAAGGACGUACAAAAUGCGAACAGUAUUGGCCAGAAGAGAACCAAGAGGAAUACGGUUCCUACCAAGUGACUCUGAGAAGCACCAAGACUCUAGCUUACUACACACAGCGGACGUUCUCAGUCAGGGACACAGCGAAUAAGGUCCCACAAAAGAAAGUUGAACACACAGUCCUGCAUUACCACUACACCCAGUGGCCAGACAUGGGCGUCCCAGAGUACACCCUACCUGUGCUGUCCUUCAUCAGAGCGUCAUCUCAGGCCCGAACGCAGGAGAUGGGCCCCGUCCUGGUGCAUUGCAGCGCUGGUGUGGGAAGAACAGGAACCUACAUUGUGAUUGACAGCAUGAUGCAGCAAAUUCAGGAUCAGGGAACUGUGAAUGUGUUGGGCUUCCUGAAACACGUCCGGACACAGAGGAACUUCCUGGUUCAGACGGAGGAGCAGUACGUUUUCAUCCAUGAUGCUCUGGUGGAGGCCAUCCUCAGCCGGGAUACAUCAGUCACCGCGGACCUUCUCCACGGUUACGUCUCUAAUCUCCUCAUUCCAAGCGCCACAGGGAGAACACGCAUGGACAAACAGUUUAAGCUGAUUAGUCAGCGUCAGGCUAAGCAUGCAGACUACAGCACUGCCCUGAAGGACGGCAACGCUGAGAGAAACAGAGCGAGAGCGCUGAUGCCUGUGGAGAGAUCGAGGGUUUCUCUGACGGCUUCAGACACCAACUCCACCGGCUACAUCAACGCCUCCUAUGUUAUGGGACACCACCGCUGUAGAGAGUUCAUAGUGAGUCAGACUCCUCUGAGCAGCACAGUGGAAGAUUUCUGGAGAAUGAUCUGGGAGCACAGCACCAACAGGGUCGUCUGUCUACAGGACUCACACAGUCAGAAUGAAAAGAGGGAUUGCAGCGUCUACUGGCCCAGUAAAGACCUGCCGAUGACCUUUGACGGUUUCACCGUGUCGCACACGGGGGAGGAGCUUGUCCACCUGACCAACGAUGAGAAACUUCUUGUGCAGGAUUUUACGAUGCAGUCUACUCAGAAUGAUUGCAUCUUGCUCGUUCGUCAGUUCAGACCCCCCUGCUGGCCUAAUCCAGACAGUCCCAUCAGGAACAGUUUUGACCUCAUCGGCGUGGUCACAGAGCGCUGCAGACACACACGGGAACCUGUGGUCGUACACGAUCCUUUGGGGGGAGUUACAUCGGGGCUUUUCUGCGCUCUCACCUCCCUUUUCAACCAGUUAGAGGAGGAGGGAGCGGUGGACGUCUACAUGGUGGCACGGAUGACAAACCUCAUGAGACCAGGGGUUUUUAAUGACAUUGAGCAGUACCAGUAUCUCUAUAGAGCCAUGCUGAGCCUGGUGAGCAGCCAGGAGGACCAGAGAGCCCUGCAGAGUCCAGAGACGAACGGGUCUGUACCACUGGGACAGUCCAACACCACAGAGAGCCUGGAGUCGCUCAUGUAGACCCACUCAAAGUCUCACUCCAUGUGAAGGAACGUGUGGUCAGUUCAUGGCUGCAGAAAAUGAGCAUCAUCAUGCUUUAAUGUCCUGUACGCUCUUUACCCAACUUAACCAAUCGUUAUAGUUCUAAAACAGAGCAUGGAGGCUGAAACGCUCCUGGUGCUCCACAUUGGGAGGCUGUUUGCUAUUUAAAGGCUGUUUCCUGGCAUACUUUAACAGAUCUGUCAGCUUAGAAAGGACAGGAUCAUUAUUAGAUACUGCCUCUAAAACCACCACUUGUUUAUGUUUUGGUUAUGUUUAUGUCAUGAAAGCAGCAGAAAAAAUGUCCGGUUAUGAUGGGAAAAACUCUUUAAACUACAUUUUAUCCGAACUUCCUGUCGCUUCUAUUGUUUUAAAAACUAUUUUCAAUCAAUUAGUUCUUCAUAUGCACCCCGCUUGGGAUAAGAGGACAGAAAAAGGAUGGAUGGGUGGAUAGUUCUUCAUAUGCUUUGAUACAAACAGCUAAACAUCAGAAUAAACUCCAACAUAUAUUAGAUCCAAUCCGUCUAUCAUUUGUUCAUUUGUUUUUCAAACUGAACCAAUGAAAAAACAAGAAACUGUCUUGUUUUUUAUUCAUUUCAUAAAAUGAUAUUGCAAAGCAAAGAGUAGUUUCUCCGUAAUUCCUUCUUUAAAAAUUAAUUAAAUAUAGAACAAAGCAAAGGAAAUUUUUUUUCUUUCUUUUUUGGCUCUUUGCAGCUGGUUGCAUGGGUCCAGGAUCCAGCAGGUACUGAUUCUGGACCCAUGCAAGCCAGAUGCAAACUGCUUUUCAAUCCAAAAUCACUAACAAAUCAGUUCAAUAAGGGUUUUAUUUGGAUAAAAAAAAAAGCCUUAUUCAGAUCAUCAAAGACAGCCACAGGUGCAUCAAGAAAUAAUUCAUCAGGAAGGAGAAAAUGUUGCAGCAUAAGUUAUUCAUGAGCUUCAGUAGCAAAGUUCAAUAAAUUAAAAAAUUGUAUUUGUUUUUGUUUUCAUUUAGUUUUGACUUCUUUUUUACUAUUCUAUUUAAGGUUUAAUUUUAACUAUUUGUUAGCUAGUUUAAUGAAGUUUUUAUUUUAUUUUUAUUUUAUUUUUUAUCAGUUAUAGAUUUAGUGUUUUAUGUUAUAUGCUUCAAGUACUAGGAGAGAAAAUAAUAGGAAUAAAAUCCCAGAGGAAAGACGCUGCAGCAAUAAAAUGACCUGAUUGCUAUACUGCCAUCUGCUGGCGUAAGUUAAAACAGCAACUAGACGCUUCAUAAUGCAUUAUGAUAAAGAAACAAACACAUUCCCGUUAGAAAUUCAGUUAAUUUUGAUUAUUUUGUAAACUAUUAUUACAGUUUUAUUCAGCUGCUAGGUUGAUUUUUUAUUCAGUUAACAAAAAUGUUUUUUAAUUCUACUUUUC